AUGCCUGGUUUUGGUGGCCGCUGCCCAGCCACAGCCCUCUCUGCUAUCAAAGGGGCAGGGUGGGCACGGGCAGCAGCGCAGGCAGGCCCGGGCACCACGCACAGCCACCACUACCGUGGGCACCCCAGGCUGCUGCUGCUGCUGGCCCUGGCCCUGCUCGUGACCCGUGGUGCUGCAGCCAGGCAGUGUGACCUGCAGGGCCUGUGGAGAAAUGAGCUGGGCUCCAAUAUGACCAUCUUGGCCACAAACACAGCUGGGAACUUCUCAGGCUCCUGCCACACCGCAGUGGCAGCCACUAACAAGCAGAUCCUGGUGUCACCCUCGCAAGGGGUUCAGCAGCAUCCCAGUGCCAAGAGACACCCCACAUUUGGUGUCUUCACCGUGCAGAGGCAGUUCUCAGACUCCACCACUGCCUUCGUGGGCCAGUGCUUUGUGGAUCAUCGUGGGGAGGAGACACUGGAGACCGUGUGGCUCCUGCAGGAAAAGGUCCUGUCAAACAAGGACAGCUGGAAAGCCACAAGGUGA